AUGUCGCAUGGUGGGAUUCAGCAGCUGCAUUCACAACCAGAUCUUGUUGCUUCAUGCACUGUUCAUACAGUAGAAGACUUGCUCGAGGAGGAAGCAAGACGUGCAAAUGGGGGUUCUUCAAAGACAGACAGAAACAUUUCAGCAAGGGAAUACUAUGCAUACAAGCUUCAAUGCAGGCCCAAUAAUCUGCUGCUAAGAGGAGGUAGAUGCUUUCAGCAGUAUAUAGUGGAUAUGUAUGUCAAAGUGGAGAAUACAAGAUCUCUAUCAAGGAAUCCUAGCACUAUUGAUUGUGGGGAGAAGUGUGCAGCAAAUGUUGGUCGUAAAGUGAUCUUACCUCCAACAUUUAUUGGUGGUCCUCGCGAUCUUACGAAGAGAUACUUAAAUGCAAUGGCAUUGGUUCAGCGGUUUGGUAAGCCGGAUCUAUUUAUUACAAUGACUUGUAAUGCUAAUUGGUCUGAAAUUAAAAAGGAGCUUGCUGUUGGGGAAAAGGCACAGGACAUAUCAGAUAUAGUUGCAAGGAUCUUUAGAGCACAAAAGAGAGGUUUACCUCAUGCUCAUUUUUUGGUCAUUUUAAAGCAAGAGUACAAAAUCAAGUGGCCCUUUGAUUUUGAUAAAUUUGUAUGUGCUAAGAUACCAUCUGUUGACAAUAGUUAUCUUAGAAAAGUGAUACUCAAACACAUGAUGCAUGGUCCCUGCGGUCACUUGGAUCCAGAGUGUCCUUGUAUGAAGCACAGGGAAAGUCCUGGUCGUUGUAAAUAUGGUUAUCCAAAGCAGUUAUGUGAUGAAACUAAAAAUAGCAGUGAUGGAUAUCCAUUGUACCGAAGAAGAGGCACAGGAGAAACUGUAACAGUUCGAAGGACAAUCAUGGAUAAUAAAUGGGUUAUCCCAUAUAAUCCAUAUCUUUCUUCGUACUCUGACUGUCAUCUAAAUGUCGAAGUUUGCUCUACUAUAGAGGCGGUUACGUAUUUGUAUAAAUAUGUUUAUGAGGGUCAUGACAGAGUGUCUUUUAAUAUUGUUCGGUCUGAAGAAAAUGUUCCUGUCCAAAAUGAAAUACAGCAGUAUCAGUCAGAUCGAUGGGUUUCACCCUGUGAAGCUGCUUGGCGCCUUUUUGGGUUUGAUAUGUAUGAAAUGCAUCCACCAGUUCUGCCUCUUCCUGUGCAUUUUCCUUAUUCACAGUUGGUUCAACUUAGACCCAAUGAACGACUUAGAUCAGUGGUUUCUGAUGAUAAAUGUUCUAGAACUUGUCUGACAGAGUUCUUUCGAAUGAAUGUCAAGCUGUCUCCUGGAACAAGACUGAAGUACAAUGAGUUUUCAAAACACUAUCGCUGGGAUGCAUCUGAAAAGCGUUGUCCUAAGUCAUUCGAAGAUCUUCGUACAGUUGAUGGUCAUGUAUGUGACACCUUUCAACAGGCUGGACUUAAGCUUAACUUGUUAGAAGAAGACGAUUCAGUAGAUCUAUGUCUCAGAGAAGGUUGUGUUGUUCAGAUGCCGCUUGCAAUCCGCAAGUUAUUUGCUACUGUGCUGAUAUUUUGUCAUCCUAGCAAUCCCCUGACUCUCUAG